ACACACGCAAGCUAUAUGUGACACGGUUUGUUGCCGAAGUGACUGACGUGUCGGCGAGUGAUCACUUUAGUUAAAUUCAAUCUAUAUUUCCACUAAAUACAUGGGAUUUCCAUGAAAUCACUUCUCUAGCAAAAUCAAUUCAUAAAUUUCCUUAUAAAUAGUUUGAGAGAGUAGGAAAAUGCAUACGGUAUUAACUCGCGGCAACGCCAUUCUGGCGUAUUCGCUCAGUGUCCUAGCCUGUUUAACAUUUUGCUGUUUUAUUUCGACCGUGUUCCUCGAUUAUCGCACAGAAGCAAAGAUGAAUACUGUUAAGGUGUUGCUGAAAAACGUACCGGACUAUGGUGCCUCAAGGGAGCGACAUGACUUGGGCUUCCUCACUUUCGAUCUCCAGACAAAUUUGACCGACCUUUUCAACUGGAAUGUAAAGCAAUUGUUCCUUUAUUUGACGGCCGAAUAUGAGACCAAGUCAAACAAAUUGAAUCAAGUCGUGCUUUGGGAUAAAAUCGUAUUGCGUGGCGAGAAUGCGGUCCUCGACUUCAAAAACAUGAACACAAAAUACUAUUUCUGGGAUGAUGGCAAUGGUUUGAGGGCCAACAAGAACAUCACACUGACACUGUCGUGGAAUAUCAUUCCAAACGCAGGACUCCUGCCCAGUAUCCAGGCGCAUGGAUCGCAUACUUUUAAGUUCCCCGAUGAGUACUCGACGACGUCUGCAUAAGCGUGUUUUUCGCCUCGAGUGAGUGCGUGAGGAGACUGCAUUGCAAGCGAGUGGAUUACUUUUUUUUUUGUAUUUUUAGUUGUAUUCGGCCUUGUUUUGUAUUGAGAUUCCUUUUCCAUGCUGUUCGCAUGCGGAUGGGUUUUUGUGAGACAGAUUUAAAUGUUAAAGGAAUAUUGUAACGAAAGCUAAA